AUGCAGUCGUGCCGCAUUCGCAUGCAACCUGUCACACCGGUGCGCCAGAUGCUGGGCGGGCAGCAGCACCAGGAGGUGGAAGGGGAGUGGAAGGCGCUGCUAAGUGGCCAUGGCAUUGCCCCAGCUUAUCGAUCAUUGCGGCGACUGCACAGAGGCGUCGUCAAGUCGCUCAAGUCAGCGUCAAAGUUACAGGCACCUGUUAUCCUAGAGGAUGAGUUGCCCGCUAGCGUGGAGGAGCAAACUCUAGAGGAAGAUGAUGGUGAAGCAGCCAAGUUGCGUCCACAAAUCAGCGAACUGGACAACGGCGAGAAACUGGAACCCAUAGACUUGGCCCAUGAGGAAACAGAGCUAACACAGCAACAGCAACAGUUGGAGGACAAUGACAAGAAACAAGAGGAACCGCAGCAGACAGAGUUGGAGCAGGAACAAGUGCCGGAAGAGAUGCCACAAAAAGUGUCCGAAGUGGCGCCCGAGAAGGAACAGCAACCGGCUCAGGAGCAGCAAUCAACUCCAACGGCCACCACAGGAGCUCAACAAUUGCUGACGCCUGCCGAUCAUGAGGAGGAGGAGGAGGAGCUGGAAGCAUCGGGCGCACAAGAAAUUGCAGCACAGGCCAACGCAGACGAUACCAUGAAAUUCGAUUAUGAAACGGCUGUCGAUGAGGAGGAACAGCAACCACAACAACAUGACGAGCUGGAGCCACAAGCCGCCACAGUGCCGAUUGAGAAUGAGAAUGAGACCGAGACGGAUGCAGAGACAAGCACUAAGAACUAUGAGCAACUGCAGCUGGAGGAUGAGAAGGAGGUGGCAACUGAUGCUGAUGCUGAGGCAGCCGCUGGUGAUGAUGAUUUGAUACCCGUGCAUAACGAUGAAUUGCACGAAACUGAAAGUGUGACGCAGCCAGACAUUACUCAGGUGGAGGAACAAUCAGGGGAUCAUCAGAUGGAGAUUGAGACUGAGACUGAGACUGGGUUGAACCAAGAGAUGCCACAACAAAUUGACGACACAGCAGCUAAUGAUGAAAUUGAUGAAGUGCCAGCAAAGCAGAAGGAGAAUGAGGAGAAGCAACAGGUGGCCACAACAGAAGCAGCUGCCGAGGAGCCAACGAAAUUGGAGGAUAACGAAAGCCAAGCGGAGAAAGAGAUCAUUCCCGAAGUGACGGAGGAACAAACAGAGAAAUCCGAAGCUCAAGUAACAACAGAAACCGCUGCCGAGAAUGCAGUUGAAAUUGAGACGAAGAAAGAGCUGGAGAAAGAGAAGGAGAAGGAGACUGAAAGCGAUCUGGCAGAGCAAAGCGCCGACGUCAAGCCGACAAGUGGCAAAGAUGAUUUAAAUGAAGCCAAUCAAUUAAAUCAAGAGCAAAUCGAGGAACAGAAACCAGCUGAAGCUGCGGAGGAUGAAGAAGCUGAGCUGGCAACAACCGAAAGGCAGCAAGAGCAACAAAUCAAUGAGGAGAAGCUGGGGGAGAAUCAAAACGAAGAGCAGACCACAGAGCAAGUGUUGGCUGACGAAGUGGAGAAGCUACAGGAGGAGGAGGAAGAGGAAGAGGAGGAAGUGGAGGCAACGACUCAACUGACGGCUGCUGAACCAGAAAUCGCCGAGACGCAGCUGCUGGCCGAGAAGGAGAAUGAGCUAAAUGCAAAUGCAAUUAAGACGCCCGAAUUAGACAACGUGGCUAAUGAUGAGGUGUCGCAUGUGGAUGCAGUUGAGGCGGAGACAGAGUCAGAAACCUAUCAUGAUGAAGGUGCGGUUGCAACUAACACUGAUGCUGAUGCGGAGGCUGUCACUGAGGCAUUGCCAAUUAAGCACGAAGUGCUGCAGGAAACCACCGAAGCUUUGAAGGAGACCGACAUCCAAGAAGAGCCAGCUACUGAGCAGUCAGAACAGGUGGAGCAGCAAUCGGAAACUGUCACCGAGCGCAGUGAAAGUGGAGAGUUUGAUGAAACGGAAAUGGACAAAAAUGAAAAUGAUAAUAUCAUACAAGGAGCGGAGCCAAAUGCAGAUACAGAGUCAACACCAGAGGAGGCAGUUGCUCCAGUGGAGGCACAACACGACGAAAUGCCCAUGCCAGCUGAGAAAGAAGUGGAACCACAACAGACGACAGCCGGAGAAGACGCAGAUGAGGAGCUUUCCAAGCCCGAGGAGACAGUGGAUUAUACCAGCAUUGAACAGCUAAAGGAACAAAUCGAGGAGGUACAAAAGGAACAGCAGGAAGAGCAAACUCAAGCCGAGACAGAAGCGCAGUCUGAAGCGGAGACUGAGAUCUCGGCUACGCAAAUUCCAGAGCUGGCCGCAGAGGUCCCAAUUGUAAGCGAUGAACAGGUAAAGGAUGACUUCAAGGAGAGCGAAAGCAUUGCGGAUAUACUCAGUGAUCUGAUGCUUGAGGGUGACAGCACCGUGCCUCCAGUGCCAUUUGGUGAACAGCCUUCGGAAACAAUUCCCAUGCCGACAGAGACUGAAACGGAGCAUGAGCAGCAGUUCGAAGAGGAGCAGGUGCCAGCAAUGCCCGAUUUGCUGGCGGAGGCAGCUGAAAUGAAUGAGCAACAGGAAGAAGCACAACAGGAGGAGACACAACAAGAGGAGGCACAACAAGAAGACGCACAACAGGACGAAGUACAACAGCAGGAACAACAUCAACAGGAUGAUGAAGAAGAAGCAGCAGCAGCUACUGAAGCGGCUGAGAAGCUCAUCACUUUCUACCCAGAAGUGCCAGUGGCCGAGGAAUCCUCUCCAGCACUUGCAGCUGAGGAAGAGCAAACCAAGUCCGAGUUAACCACAGUUGAACCUGAAGCAGAAGCCGAACCUGAACGCACUUUAUCUCCCGAGGAAUUACCCUUCGAUUUGAGCGAUACCUCCGGUCCAGUUAGACUGCAGGAACUCGAGUCGGACAGUCUGAUUGUGGAGUCAACCACACUGGAUACGCUGCUGGAUCAGAACAAUCACAUUGAGGAGGAAUCUAAUGCACCCGCUGCUCCCAGUCAAACGCACGAGGAAGCCACUCCCAAUCCUGCGGACAUCGUUGAGAUCACAACACAAACAAUGCUGGGAUUGGCAAGUCGUGUGACUUUGAUGGAACCUGCAGCACCUGUGGUGACCACACUGAAACCCCUAAUGAACUGGGAGGAGGCGACACCACAACCAGCUGCCGAUAUUCCAGCGCCAGUUUCCACACUGUCUCUGCUCAGUGGCAAACCAGGCUCAGAGUUGCGCAAGCGUGUUGAUCUCGGUCUGGAGGCCAUCUCCCUGGGUCUGCCCUGCGCCAGUGAUCGUCAGUGCCAGCUGGCCGAUCCUCAUACGGUCUGCAAUGGACGCGGCGUUUGCGACUGUGCCACAACGGAAGGCGCACAAGGACAAUGCAGUGCGGAGCGUACAGGAUGCAGUCCAGGCACUUUCCAGUGCCGCUCCAGUGGCGUGUGCAUCUCUUGGUUCUUUGUGUGCGACGGUCGCGCCGACUGCAACGACGACUCGGACGAGGAGUGCACCCACAAUGCGCGACUGAAUCAAACGUGCCCCGCGGAGGCGUUCCGCUGUGAGCGUAGUGGACGCUGCAUCUCGAGGGCAGCACUCUGCGAUGGACGCAAGCAGUGUCCCCAUGGCGAGGAUGAGGUCGGUUGCAAUGGACUGCAGAAGGGCGGCAACAGUUGUCCACCGCACACGUUCCGUUGCAAGAGUGGAGAGUGUCUGCCGGAGUAUGAGUACUGCAAUGCAAUUGUCUCCUGCAAGGAUGGCAGCGAUGAGCCGCCACAUUUGUGCGGUUCCCGUGCCAUGCCCAAUCUCUUCAUGCGUCUCAUCGAGGCGGGCGGCCUCUUGGCCAGUCGCAAUGAGCCGGAUGCCUAUUGCCCGCACCGCUGCAGCAAUGGACUGUGCCGAUCCACGGCAAUUGUGUGCUCUGGACGCGAUGGCUGCGGCGAUGGCACCGAUGAGCAAACCUGCGCUGUCUGCCGUUGUCCUGCGCCAAAUGCCGCCAGCCUGCCCGUUUAUUUGGCCAGACAUCGUCCCAUGCCACUGUGGUAA